AUGAUUAGAAUUCAGUUGAUAGUUCCAUUAUUUGCAUUAACUUGUUAUUCAAUGUUAAUUAAUCAAACUUCAAUUUUUAAUAAAUUUAUUUUGGAACCUACAAGAGAAGUUUAUGAAGCUUUUGUUAUAUAUACCUUUUUUUCAUUAUUAAGUGAUAUGUUGGGUGGUGAAAGAAAUAUUAUCAUAAUGACAAGUGGGAGAGAACCAGUAAAACAUCCUGGUAUAGUGGGGUAUAUUUUACCACCAUUAGAUAUAUCUGAUCCAAAAACCUUUUUAAUGAUAAAAAGAGGUAUAUUGCAAUACGUUUGGUUAAAACCUAUCAUAUGUGUCACUAUUAUAGUUGGAGAAUUAACUGGAUUUUAUAAUGUUAAUGAUAUGAGUUUUAAAUCGGUAUAUCUUUGGUUAACUUUAAUUUAUAAUGCUAGUGUUACGCUAAGUUUAUAUUCAUUGGCUAUAUUUUGGAAGAUAUUAUGGAAUGAUUUAAAACCUUUUAAACCAGUAGGGAAAUUCUUGUGUGUUAAAUUAAUUAUUUUUGCCUCAUAUUGGCAAGGUGUAAUAUUAGCAAUAUUGAAUUUUUUCGAAAUUUUACCAGGAUCAAAUGAAAAUAAUGGUGGACAAAGUAUUGGGAUAUGUAUACAAAAUGCAUUAUUAUGUGUUGAAUUAAUUGCUUUUGCAGUGGGUCAUUGGUUAUCUUUCAGUUAUAUACCUUUUACUAUAUCAAAUUUACCAUGGGGUAGAUAUAAAUUUUAUUACGCUUUAAAAGAUUGGUUAGGCUUUAAAGAUUUAGUUAUAGAUUUUCAAAAGACUUUCAAAGGUGAUCAUUAUAAAGAUUAUAGACAAUUUGAUUCAGUAGAAGCAAUGGUUGCUCACCCUGAUUCAAAGGGAAGAAUGAGUAGAAUUCAUCAAGGACUAAGAUAUCAUUAUGAUGGUAAACAUAAGCAUUGGUUACCUGAUAAUACAAGUAUUAGUGGUGCUCAAAAUAUUAUACCUAGUACUUCUGAAGUUCAUGCAUUAGAUAAUGCAUCAAUAUUAUCAAACAAUACAUCAAUGAGAGGUAUAUAUUCACAAUCACCUAAAAAUUCACCACCUGGAUCACCAAUCACUAUAAGAGAAGAAGAUUAUUCAGAUUCUGAAAUUGGUGAAGUUGGUGAGAAUUCAAUUCAAAAUAUAUUAAAUUCAGAUUCACAAUUAUCUAAUAUUGAUUAUUCAAAAGAAAAAUUCGAUAUUGAUGAAAAAAUUUACCAGGAUGCUAUAAAUAAUAUUAAAAUAUAUUCAUUAAAUGAUCCAGAUAUUAAAAAAAUACUAAAUUACCCCAUUGUUGAUGAAACUUUAGAAAGUCAUUUAUAUGGUUAUAAAGUUCAAAAAUUAAGAAAACAAAGACAAAUACAACAACAACGAAAUUUAAAAAAUUCGAAUAAAUCUUCCUUAAAUAAUAAACAAAGUAGUAAAAAGAAAAAUAAUGAUUUACUACUGAGUAAUCAAAGUUAUAGAUAUGGUAGUAUAGUUUAA